UUUUGGCCAGCUCAUCCGAAACUUCUGUCCAAAGAUCCUAAAUAGACCUUAACAGGAUGUAGAAGAUAAAUCAUUCAUUAUAUUCUAGACAUUCAACUUAAUUUGAAAUGUUCUUCAUCCACAGAAUAGUUCCUUUCCCUAAAAUAUCAACUUUACUAAUCUGUUUGUCCUUUUUUAUUCUGAUUCUAGCAGCAGCAGUUGAUACAAAAGUUCCACGCUUGCUAUUAGUUUCAUUUGAUGGCUUUAGAUGGGAUUACCUAUCGAGAAAUGAAACAAAGCAUUCUACACCAAAUUUUCAUAGAUUAAUGAAUGAAGGUGUACAUGCAAGAAAUGGUAUUAAAAAUGCAUUCAUAACCAAAACUUUUCCAAAUCAUUACACUAUUGUGACUGGUUUAUAUGAAGAAAGUCAUGGCAUUGUCGGUAAUGUUAUGUUUGAUCCGGUGCUAAAUGAAACUUUUAACAUUUAUAAUGAAAAUCAAGAAAAAAGUUCAAAAUGGUUCGACAAUGGAGGGGAACCAAUAUGGGUAACAAAUCAACUUCAAAAUGAGUUUUACCAUGGUAACUGUAGACGCACCGGAGUUAUGUUCUGGCCUGGUGAUCAGGCACCAGUCAAAGGUGUUUUACCAUUCAAAUAUUUACCAUAUGACCGUACUGUAGAAUACAAAACAAGAGUUGACACAAUUGUCCGGUGGUUUACCGAUAAAUAUCCUGUAAAUUUAGGAUUAUUAUAUUUUGAAGAACCAGAUCAUACUGGUCAUCAAGUGGGACCAGAUAAUCCAGAAAUAAAUCAGAAAGUCAUAGAGUUAGAUAAAACUGUUGGAUAUCUUCUAAAUGAAUUGGACAAAAAAGGAAUUUUAGAUGACACUGAUAUUAUCAUUACAAGUGACCAUGGAAUGGCUUCAACUCCACAAUCAAAAAUGAUAAAUUUAGAUGAUUAUAUUUCACCAUUAGACUAUAGAAUAUUUUCAAGUGAUCCUAUUGGUAGUGUGCUUCCUUAUCCAGGUAAAGAAGAUGAAAUGUACCAAAAAUUAUCAAACAUUCCACAUUUAACAGUAUUUAAAAAAGCUGACAUUCCAGAUGACAUGCAUUUUAAACAUAACAGAAGAAUACAGCCUCUUUUGUUAGUGACAGAUGAGGGGUACUCAUUAAGUCACAAUAAAUCCAAGAUUGGAGAAGGUAAUCAUGGAUACAAUAACAGUUUUAAAGACAUGCAUCCAUUUUUCAUUGCAAGAGGACCAUCAUUUAAAAAGGGCUUCUCCAUAGACACAUUUAACAAUGUGGACAUUUAUCCAUUAAUGUGUGAAAUCCUAGGAAUUAAUCCAGCUCCAAAUAACGGCUCCUUGGAAAAUGUGGAGAGUUUACUGGUGGUUAAAUCUGCUGUUCAUAAAUCCAAAAGCUUUUUAAGCUAUGAUUCAACAUUCCUUAUUUAUAUUGUAUUACUGGUAUUUAUAGCAACAGUAGCAGGAAUAUUUAGUAUAGCUGCAUGUCGACAACAAAGAAUUCAUCGACAUAGAAGAUUGAGAUUAUCUUCCUUGUCACCAAUGGCAAUGCAGCUGAAAUAUAGCUCCUCUUCAGUAAAUGGAGGGAAACAGCCGUUACUGGGAGGGACAGACACUGACGAAGAAUUUUAAUGUAGAUCUGAGGCUAUUUAGAGUAGUUAAAUAAACAUGAUGAAAGUUUUGUUUCUACCUCCAUACCAGAAUCAUUGACCUGGAGUCGGUUUCACAAAAAAACUUACGACUAAGAUUGGUCGUAAGUUUACUCAAUUGUUCAUAACUUACAAUCGAACUUAGUCGUAAGUUUUUUUUGUGAAACUGACUCCUGGUAACAUGUUUUAGGUGUGAUCUGGUUACACAUAUUUUACAUUAGAAGGGGUCUACCCCCUGCAUUAAGAGGACAUUCAUAACCUUUCCCCAUCACUUUGCUUCCGGCGUCGUCGUUAACUUUUACAAAAAUUUUCUCCUCUGAAAUUACUGGGCCAAAUUAAACAAAACUUGGCCACAACCAUCACUUGGGUAUCUAGUUUUAAAAUUGUGUCCGAUGACCCGGUCAACCAUCCAAGAUGGCUGCCAUGGCUAAAAAUAGAACAUAGGGGUAAAAUGCAGUUUUAGGCUUAUAACUCAAAAACCAAAGCAUUAAGAGCAAAUCUGACAGGAAUUAAAUUGAUUAAAUUGUUUACCAGGUCAAGAUCUAUCUGCCCUGAAAAUUUCAGAUGAAUUCAACAACCCAUUGUUGGGUUGCUGCCCCUGAAUUGGUAAUUUUAAGGAAAUUUUUGCUGUUUUUGGUUAUUAUCUUGAAUAAUAUUAUAGAUAGAGAUAAACUGUAAACAGCAAUAAUGUUCCGCAAAAUAAGAUUUACAAAUAAGUGAACAGGACCGAAAUGAUCAGUUGGCCCCCUUUAGGAGUUAUUGCCCUUUAUAGUCAAUUUUUAACCAUUUUUCGUAAAUCUUAGUAAUCUUUUACAAAAAUCUUCUUCUCUGAAACUACUGGGCCAAAUUAAACAAAACUUGGCCACAAUCAUCACUGGGGUAUCUAGUUUAAAAAUUGUGUCCGGUGACCCAGUCAACUAUCCAAGAUGGCCGCCAUGGCUUAAAAUAGAACAUAGGGGUUAAAUACAGUUUUUGGCUUAUAACUCAUAAAUCAAAGCAUUUAGAGCAAAUUUGACGGGGUUAAAUUGAUUAUUAGGUCAAGAUCUAGCUGCCCUGAAAAUUUCAGAUGAAUCGAACAACCUGUUGUUGGGUUGCUGCCUCUGAAUUGGUAAUUUUAGGGAAAUUUUGCUGUUUUGGGUUAUUAUCUUGAAUAAUAUUAUAGAUAUAAAUAAACAGUAAACAGCAAUAAUGUUCAGCAAAGUAAGAUCUACAAAUAAGUCAAUACGACUGAUAUGGUCAGUUGACCUCUUUAGGAGUUAUUGCCCUUUAUAGUCAAUUUAUUACAUUUUUCAUAAUUUUUUGUAGACUUUUAGAAAAUAUUUUCCACUGUAAUAACUGGGCCAAGUUCAUAAUUGUAACAACAAGAAUGUUCAGUAAUGUAAGAUCUACAAACACAUCACCAUAAUCAAAACACAAUUGUGUUAUGAAUUUAUCUGUUUAAUAUGCACAUAAACCAAGGUGAGCAACACAGGCUCUUGGUCAUUUAAAAUUCCCAACAACUUUUGAUAUAUUUUUGGAUCACUUAAUCUACAUGUAUGAUUAAAAUUCUGCAUUAGCCAUUGUAUUAAAAAGAAAGAAAGAGAGAGAGAGAGAGAAUAGCAAAAUCUUAAUUAGCUAUGGCUAUUUCUGAAGAUAAAGAGUUUAUCCUGACAUCAGCUAUUGCAGAUUUUCUUGUUUUUUGGUAUUGGAAAACAAAUGGACUUUUAGUUGUAGAAUAAACAAAAAAUAAUAAAAUGUACCUCAGAAAAUAUUUUUUGAGAAAUAGGUUAUGAUUUGAGUUGCCUAAUAACAUUCUUUGCAUAAUACAUGUACAUUGUGAUUACAAUGAUAUGAUAUAAUGAUUGGUGUUUAAUUAUACUACUAGAAUAUUAUCAGUAUUGAAUAAAUUUCUUUAUUGUAAAAAAUAAAUACAGAUUUGUUGUUCUUUAUACCCCCAAAAUUGUUGUGAAAUCCAUUACAUAAAAGUACUGUCAUUUCAGAAAUUUUUGCCAUGUUUUUAUAUUAAUAAUGACAAUGGUUAUAUCAUGGAAGUAUUAUAUUGUCAAGAACUACUACGACCCGACUUCAAACGUUUCAUCUGCGAUGCUGCACACAAUUUAAUGACAUGUUAAUUAGCUUGAAACAUGGCAGGUUAUUUACGUACCAGCGUGUGGUGCCCUAUAAUAUUGUCAUUCUCGGUUGCUAUUGGGAUUACGGAAAUAAAAGAAGGAAUAGAAAGUUGUGAUUAAUUCUUGGGAAACAGCAAUCGGCAAACCUCAGCAGAUUCCGUUACCUUACAAGUGCAUAUGUGUGCCGAUUAAGUGAUUGAUGGAUUAAUGCGAGUCAUCAUUAAUUCUUUGGAAAGACACAGUGACGAUGGAAAUUUGUACCAAAUUUAUUGAAUAAAUGCCCCAUUUUUAUUGAUUUAUUUUUCGGUAGAAAUUUGACUAUAUGUAUAUAUAUAUAUCGCAAGUUGUGAAUUAUAAUAAUAACUACCGUGUUUACUCUACUGAGUGGCACACAUUUCCUGCAUAUUUAAGACGAUUAUAAAUGAUCGUUCUGAUAAAAUCAAAAGAUAAAAGAGAUUUUAGAUAAUUGUAGGAAUUAUUAAGCUUCGCUCUAAAUCCAGAAUAAGAUCAUUGGUUGGUAUAUACGAAUGUUCAGCUGAACCCAGAUGUGUUGAUUUUUUUUAGUACUGGGACUCGAGGAUUUUUUUGUGACAUUAUACAAAUUCUUGUGCGACGGUUCAAUAAUAUUUACCAGUAUCAUUUGGUGGGAUAGUGAUAACAUAUUUUAGUGAACAUAAAUGUAUUACAUAAUUAGCUAUACAACAUAGUUAUAGAUCUCUGUUUGCUUCUGCUGUAUUUUGUUGAUUGGUACUUGCUCGAUUAAUUUUCAUAUUGUAAACUGGAAAUUUCUACUUUCCAGGAUUAUCCAGUGACUUAACCAUAUAUAUUACUCUAAACUUCACAGUCUUAAUAUUUAUCAUAUAUAUUUAUUGUUAACCGGAGUUAACUGGAACACACCUUAAUCGCGAUUUAAACUUCACCCACAAACUAAUAAAAUAAUGUCUCUCACUAUUUCAAAUCGUUGUAAAAUGAAUAAAUCUGGGCUGAUUUUCAUUUUUUAUGCAUCAGUCGAUUUGUUUAAAUACAUUGUAUACGAAUAAAGGUAUACCUACACGAUUGAAGUAAGUAAAGGUGUUUUCCGACAGGUCCUAUUGUUAAUCUGUCUCCAUUAAAACCACGUGAUUGAUAAGAAGUAUUGCUGGUCAAUUUAUGACCGCGGCAUCGCAGAUAGUCACAAAAGAAAUUAACAACAGCGUACUAAUUAGAGAGUUUCCAUAUCUUUUCUACAGGGCUACCCGGGUUAUAAAUCAAUGCUAAUUAAUCGUUGUAGUUCCUGUCAAUAUAAUAAUUCCAUGGUUUUCUAAACAAACAAAAACAUAGUUGAAAUAUAGAAUGCAACAUUUCUUAAAAUCAAAAUAAUUUGUUAUGCAUUUAUGUCUGAUGUUAAAAUAUCUCAAUUCAAAAACACACAAAUUGAUUAAUUUUAACAUGUACAGUAUUUGAAAAAGAAGAAAUGUGAGAUAAAAAUAACUGUAAGUUGUUUUUUUAGAGUGAUGAUACACCUUAUCGCUAUUUAUCCGCCAUAACUGAAUAUCACACAGGUUCCUGUAAAAUUUUGACGUCAUAAAACAAAUUAUAUGACGCCACAAUGGAAAAGUGAUUGUUGUUGACGUCAAAAGUUCAAGCCACCGGGUCAGCCAGGAUUAGCAUUAAGGUGUAUUGUAUUUUAAACAUUUGUAUUUAUACAUGAAUUGCUGUACUAAACACAAAAAAGGUUAUUAUGAAAUCUGUUACUUAAAGGUAAUCCAAAGCUUUGGAGUAAACAAAAAAGGUAUCUGUUUGUGAUUUCUUAAUUUCUAAAAAGAACUUUACCACGAAUGUUGCAAUAUUAUUUUUCAAUGUACAAUAUGUUUCAAACUAUUUACAACAUGAAUGAGAAUUUUUUAAUCUGAAACAGUGUUUAUGUAUUUUUUUGCUUCAUUUGAAUGUAUGUUUUUGUAUAUAUUUGUUUUUACAGAAUUUUAAUUUUACAUUGUAUUUGACUCACUCAUUAUUAGGUAAUUUAUUAACAAGCAUUUAUAUUUUGACAAUUUGUUGAUUUGGCUUUUUGCAUUUGUUUGUACCAUUAUUUAGCAUUUUGUUCAAGUCAUAGUAAGCAUGAUUUAAUUCAUAAAGUCCAUGUUCUUUCUAGGGCCUUUUUGCUUUCAGCGUGGUUCAAACCCCAUCUGAGUAAAACCAAAACCUUGAAAAUUAUUAUUUGCUUCUUCUAUGCAGCAUUUUAAAGUAAGAGCUAAGAGUGGUCAGCUAAGAAACAGAAUAUAGUGUACAGGGAUGGGGGUAGGGUGACAAUUGUUUUCCUGGAUACUCUUCCUUUGUGAAUGUGUGUACAAAUUCUGCUCAAUGUUUCAGAUUUAUAGUAAAAAUCAGGGUUGAUUAUCAUAGAACGAACAUCAACAUAUUCUUGUCUUGAAAAUGCAUUUAACUUGCUACUUUAUGCAUGAUAGAUUCUUUCUUUUGGCUAUAUGUAUUUACCAAUAAUAAUCAUGAAUUUAAUGUAUAGAUAUAUUAUUUUUUCAAAAACACAUGGUUUUCCUCCAUGGACAUUUUUGCUGUACAUACUAAAUUCACAUAUAGGAACUUUUCGAUCAAAAAAAUUUAUCAGGUUUAAAGUAUUAAUGCAUUGCGAAAACAAAUAUUUCAUCAAUGAAUAUUCUUUUUACAUAAGAUACAAAUUUUAUUUAGUCUGAUACAGAUUUUUUGUAAGCAAAAUAUUUCAACUGAGGCAAUACACAGGCGUCAAAACAGUAUAAAGUAAGGAAUACACUAAGGGGGUGGUGUCAAAAGGUGUCAUUACAGAGGAAAGGAUUAACAAUGUUUUUAUCAUAUUGCUAAUCUAGAAUAUUUUAAUAGUACUUCUUGCAUUCCAAAAACUGCAUUUUUAUCCUCUUUUCAGGUUCUGUUACAUUCCAAUUCUGUGUGUAUUAUGUUUUAAAAAAAAAAUAAUUUCAAGAUGACAGAAAAUAAUUAUGUCUGAUUUUUAUUAACUGAGUCUUUAGACUAACUUGUAAUGUACGCUGCAUUGUUUACAAUCCUGUCAAAGCUUUUUUUUACAAGUCAGUAAGAUGCUUCAUAUUUUGUCAGCAAACACCUAAGGGAAAUGAAAGAUUGUAAUUCACAAAACGUAUAAAAAAAUGUUGUUAAAAAACCUAAAACUAUUGUGUGAAAAAGUAUAACUGUUUUUUGAUAGCAAUGAACAGAGGCAAUUUUGUUUUAGCAAUUUAUACGUAAGUGAUUGAUUUUAUCAAGGCCAAUAUUUAGAAAAAUAUAAGUUUUGCAGUUUAUUCAAAUAUUAAACGUUACAUGCUAUAUUGCUGUGUUCUGAUGUUACUUUAUAAUUAUAAUGUCGGACAAUUAAAAACAAAUUUGCUUUUUAUGUCUAGUAUUAAUUAAAACAUGAAAUCACAAAACUUUGAAUCAUUUUCUGGAAAUAUUUAAUUAGAACAUACAGUAAUAAUUUAAUUUUGGAUGUAAUGCGUCUCCUGAUUGGCUGACAUUAAUUUGUUAUGAGCCCAUAGACAUAAUUCAGUCAUGUGACCGUGACGUCAUCAACGUUUUUUCAUGGUUUUCUACGGUUUAAAAUUGAAUUUAGAAUUAAAUUGUAAGAAAUGACUAUAAUAUUUUUUCUGUCUAUUCCAAAUAACAUAAAAAAUGUGGUGCACACUGUUAAAUAACCCGCUACGUGUUAUUCAGUGUGCACCAAAUUUUUUAUGUUAUUUCUUCAUAGACAGAAAAAAUAUUACAGUCAUUCCUUAAAUAAAUUUUGCCUGAUAUAACAUUCAGCGGUUAACUUCAAAGUGUUUUCUAUGGGAAAGAAAAUGCAGGAUUCAUUGCAAUUCAACUUCUUCCAAAUAUCACAAUAUAUGCAUUAAGAUGUUGCUAUGUUUUGCCUGAUUAAGAGGAAUACAUAAUGUCUACAUAUCUAUUGUUUUGUUUAUUACUUUUGAUAUCACUAUAAAAGUGUUCUAUUUUAAACAGCUAUACACUCCAUAAAAUUAUUAAAUAGGAAAUCAUUAGCACAUUUGUAGACUCAUAUUUUGUUGAAUAUAUAUAUUAUACAUGCUAUGUACAUUGUCAGAAAUUAUAAAAUGUAUUUUUAUUAGCUUUAGCUUUAGAAACAGAAUGAAAAGCUUUAAAUAAAUUUAUCUUUUCUGACAAUGUUCAUAUAUUGGUUUUAUCCUCCAAUUUACACCUUAGUUGGUUUUUUUUGCUUUUUAUCAAACUGUUGAGGCAGUGCCCUUUUCAACUGAUGCACUACUGUCCCAUGUAAGAGGAGGAUUUGACACUCAAAAACAUUUUUAAUCCCACCACAUUCUGUUUUGUAUGUCCCAUGUCAAGAGACUGUAUUUCAGUAAGUAGUUGUAGCUUGUUGCUGUAUAUAAUAUUGUUUUUCAUUAAUUGUUUUGUACAUUAAUCAUGAUGUUGGUUUUUCUUGUUAAAAUUGUUUUAUAUUUUGUCAUGUUAUGACGUUUUACGGCUUGCUAUGUGAUAUGGGUUUUGCACAUUUUGAAGUCCAUACUGUGGCCUAUAUUUGCUAUUUUCUACAUAAUGUGGUCUCAGGUGUCUCAUUAGCAAACAUAGUUUAUCUUCUUUAUACUUUAUAAUAAUAUUUUAUCACAUAUUUGUUAUGAAUACCUUAGGUUUUGCAUAUGCAAUAACCUCAAAAUUGCCCGGGGCAAAAAAGACAUAUCCAUAUUGUGCCCUGUUCCUUAUGACGUGACGUCAUUGCAUCCUUAACACGUUUGUGAUAAUUUGCUUAAGAUUUUACCUUUUAUGUGUCAUAAAAUUGAUAUAAUUUACGUUUUUUUUUCUCUUUUCUGCAGAACUUAAAUAUGUGAUAAAAAGAUUAUAACAUGUCUUGUAAUCUAUACAUAUUUGUGGCAAAACCUUUGAAUGCAUUAAUAUAUGAGAUUGUACAUUUAACAAGAUACAUAAAUUGUCAUAUUAGAUUUACUAUUGAUAUUGUUUUAAAGAUAGAGAAAAAAAUUAAGAAACCAUAGAAAUAUUUUAUCUGUAAUGCCUAAAGUUAUGACAUUUUUCAAGUGCUGAAAAUAUGUUGAUGGAUUAUUUGAGUUUAAGCAUAGAUAUAACAUGAAGAUAAACAUAAACUUGUUCUCAACAACUUGACAAAAAUAGCAGAGCAAUAUUACAUUGCUAGGAUUAAAAUGUUACCAAUUAUUUAUUUUGGUCCGCACAUUUGUUGGAAUAAAUUAUUACCUCUUUUAGCAUAGGCUCAUAUGACGUUUAUUGUAUUUUAUUUGUGUUUUUGUUUACUUUUCUCUACGAAAUAAACAUUUUAAAACC